CAGUCUAGUAGGUGGCGGUAAUGCAACAUUUAUUGGAUGCCACCUCAACGAAUAAUAAAAAAAAAAUUCUCGAUUAGGUUUGAUUAGGCACUUUUUUCCCUCACGUAUAUCCGCUUUCAACACUCCGAGGGGAAAAAAGCACGUGGAGCGCUGAACGCAACAAAUACAGGCACAUUUUCUGUCAAAUAAAAGCUAACAAGUCCACUUGUUUAUAACUUACAAAGCACAAGUUAUUCGUCACGAUGUUUCUGCAGUUCUACUUGAACGAGAAUGGGGAGAGAGAUUACACUCUGAAGAAGGUGGAUCUAUUGGGCCAGCCCACCAGCUCUGCCCAUCCCGCCCGCUUCUCGCCUGACGACAAGUUCUCCCGGCACCGGGUAACUCUGAAGAAACGCUUCGGCCUCCUCCUCACCCAGCAGCCCAGACCAGUUCUGUGAUUGAAGCAUGAAUGACAACUAUUGUGCCUGAUUCACCCUCCAGGGCCGACCCGAACUGUAGACCUACUGCGUUGGCUUGGAUAUUUUCUUUGUACGUUGUCCUUUCUAGCACGGUUACAGCUAAACAGUACAGCUCAGCAUGGCCCUAAAGUGUGAAUCAGGCUUUGAUUUAUCAUCAAUUGAUUUAAAAGGCUCGCUCCACAAUUGUUUGAGACGUAUGGGCCCAGAGGAUGUAUGUCUUGGGGCUAGCCUGAGAAAUCUGUUUAUGAAAAUCUCAGGCCUGCUCCUAUAUAGGCUAUUUGCCCUGACAGAAUGUAAUUUUUAAAUGUAGUUUUUAUUUCUGUGUGUAUACAGAACAUCAUUCUGGACAUGAAGUCCAUACAGAGUGCUGUAUGUGAUUUUCCUAAUCCUUAUGAAUGUGGUUUCAGAGCUGUCAAAAUCAACUGUUCAAUUAACAUGUACUAGUGUCAAUAUUUUUCUAAAGAUAUUUGUUUUGGAGAUGGAGAAAAAAUUAAACGUGAGAACUACUCUUG